AUGACUCAAACCUCAUACAUAGACAUUAUAAGGAAAAUAGAUAGCUUUCCUUAUGAAGAGGAUGCAUUCUAUUAUAAAUUGAGAACCCAUGAUAAUUCUGCAACCUUGGGAUACAUAACACCAACAAUUUCACAGUACUUUCAAGAUGAGCAAGAUAUUUUGCUUAAUACUGAAAAAAAGACGUUGACCUUAUCUCCUAACUUGGAUACUAUUGAGAAAAGGAAUGCGUUAUUCAGUUUGAUCGCUACGAAAUGGCGUAAAAUACCCUGUUUUUCGGAAUCUCUUGAUAAGGGCUGGAGAGACGAAUUGUACACAGUGUACAACCCUACUCAUACACCGUAUGUGCAAAUCGAAAGAGCAUUCUCGGUUUUAAUUGGAGUUAUCACAUAUGGCGUUCACAUCAAUGGAUACAUACCUGCCCAUAAGUCUUCAAACGGGAAACUUAAGAUGUGGGUUCCUAGAAGGUCUGCUACAAAACCAACAUAUCCUGGUAUGCUCGACAAUACUGUUGCUGGUGGACUAGGAUACCCGUAUGGUAUCUGGGAGACUGUUAUUAAGGAAUGCCACGAGGAGGCCGGCUUAGGAGAAGAAUUUGUAAACACUCAUAUUAGAUCUGCUGGUGUUGUUCUGUAUAUCUACGAACCAAAUGGUCGUAAAGAUACGGUACAACCAGAGGUAGAAUAUAUAUACGAUCUAGAGUUUGAUAAUGAAACAGAUGUUCUUCCUUACCCUGAAGAUGGUGAGGCCGAAGACUUUACCUUGAUGGAUGUUAAUGAAGUUUUGGAAAGGUUACUAAAUAAUGAAUUUAAGCCAAAUUGUGGUUUGGUAGUUACAGAUUUCUUAAUUAGACAUGGUUAUAUAACACCUGAAUCAGAUAAGAAUUAUCUUGAAAUCGUAUCUAGAUGUCAUAGAAUAAUGCCAUUUCCAACCAUUUAG